GGAAAACCUGAACCCCAAUAAAGUUUUUUCCAUUAUUAGCAAACCUCAAGUUAGGUAAUUUUUUCGAUCUAGAAUCUUCUUUUCCAUCAACCUAUCCGUUCAGAUUUCGUUCGGUUCUAAAAACCGUCCUAUCAAUUUUUGUAAUUCUAACUUUUGAUUGAAAAGCUCUGUUAUUGAUCGAUCAUCAGCUAUGGCUGCAAAGAUAUUAGCCAAUUUAAUCAUUAUGGGCUCUGGGAUAUUGGCUAGGGCUGUGGUUCAAGCUUAUCGUCAAGCACUUGCAAAUGCAGCAAAAACUGGUGUUGCCCAGGAGGCACUACAAAAUGCAACUCGUAGGGCAAGCAAAGUCAUGACCGAGCAAGAGGCUAGGCAAAUUCUUGGUGUAUCUGAAGAAACAGCCUGGGAGGAGAUAGUGAAGAAAUACGAUAGUCUAUUCGAGAGGAAUGCUAAGAAUGGGAGCUUUUACCUUCAGUCAAAGGUUCACAGAGCGAAGGAAUGUUUGGAAGAAGUCUAUCGAGGCAAAGCAGAGGGUGGUAUGCCUAGUUGAGUUCCCAUCUUCAAGCUUAACCCUCUGUGCAAAUCAUCCUCACCUUUGUAUGAUAAACGAUUCUGUUAUGGCAGAUUUCGUUAAAAAACAGUAUUCAUAAUUUUGUUUCGAUAUAUGUUCGUUUGUUGAACGACAUGUUAACAGCAUGCAUUAAUCUAAACUGUUAGGUUAAAGGGUUGUCUUACCAAAAUAAGGAUCGUGGCCAUCAAUUAUUUGAUUUCUAUAAUGAUCAAACUGUUUGAAGGAA